AAUAGUGCGCCAGUUCGCCUGAUCGGGUGUGGAACGUGUCUGCCUCUAAAACCCCGCCAGGCACAUGAAAAGCUUCCAGUUCUGAGGGAGCUCGGCCUCUGCCCAGACACGCAGUGUCCCUGCUGGGUGUGUCAGACCCCCUGCUUGUCUGAGCUGUUGAGUUUAUUCCUUGCCUUUAAUUGGAAAGGUGAAUCUCAUCUAAGGUUGCUCAUUUGCAGGCUGAAGUCAUCAGUCAGCUUUCUCACUCGACCAGACCGACCCAAUAUUGCUUAUCAGAAGCUAAAAGGGAGGAAUCCAGGGGUUAUUUUCCUUCCAGGUUUCAAUUCAAAUAUGAAUGGUCAGAAAGCAACUGCCCUUGAAGAUUUCUGCAAAUCAUUAGGUCAUGCCUUCAUCAGAUUUGACUAUACAGGAUGUGGAAGUUCAGAUGGUAAAUUUGAAGAGUGUACAAUUGGGAAGUGGAGAAAAGAUGUUCUGUCUAUACUGGAUGAACUUACAGAUGGACCACAGAUUCUGGUGGGCUCCAGCAUGGGUGGAUGGUUGAUGCUUCAUGCUGCAAUAGCACGUCCAGACAAAGUAGCUGCUCUGGUUGGAGUGGCUGUAGCAGCAGAUCACGUUGUAACAACUUUUAAGAGGCUUCCUAUUGAGGCACAAAAAGAAAUAGAAGAAAAGGGUGAAUGGAAGUACCAAACAAAGCAUAAUGAGGAAGGAUAUUACUCCUUGACCUAUGACUUUAUCAGAGAAGCAGAAAAUCACUGUGUGCUGAAUAGUCCUAUUCCUGUGACAUGUCCCAUACGCCUUAUCCACGGCAUGAAGGAUGGGGAUGUCCCUUGGGAGAUCUCUAUGCAAGUUGCUGACCGUGUUUUGAGCAAGGACGUGGAUGUUAUCCUCCGCAAAAUCGGCCAGCACCGGAUGAGUGACAAGGAGGACACAAAGCUCCUUGUCAAUACUGUUGAUGAUCUAAUUGACAAGCUGUCAACAGUGUAGCAUUAGUGCAUGAACUCUACACCUGACUCUUUUCCUUGAGUAAUGGAAGCUUUGUUCUUACCCAGAUGGUGGCAGGCCUGUGACUGUCACAGUAGGAACUGAGCUUUAUCUGCUGUUUCCUUACCUCUAUUUCUUAAAUACAGGAAUUGUAUUAUUGCUGCAUUUGCACACAGUCCAGAGUGUGAAGGAGUGCUGCUAUUGUGUUCAGAACCUCUCCUUCACCACUUUACCCAUUUUUUUCACAAAUUCCUACAAUUUUGUACUGAUAUGUUGAUUACUUUUUGUUGCUAUUGGCCUGUACAGUAAAACUUUCUUUUCACAUCUUUGACAUCUGUUACUGUCCUUCCACUGUAACAUCAUUGUAUCUUAUGUCUGAAACCAUCUGUGCAAGGCAAAAUACAACUUGAGUGUUUACUGAAGUUAGUUAUUAGAAUAGUGAGUACCAUGAAACACAAUAAACAGAUUUCAGAUAAA